AUGGCGUAUGCUUCUCUGUCGAAUGUUAGCGCGAUUUUAGCUCCACAAUGUGUCUCAUCUACCAAAAGUAGGAGCGCAGUUUGCUCCUUUGGGUGUGCGAAGCUUCGGAAAUCUUCAUUUUCAUCGUUGAACUCUUUGUCCGGUUCGUUCCGCCUCUCUUUGGAUGGUCCAGUGAGGAGCAGAGGUGGUUCUAAGCCUUACUCAGUUCGAGCUAUGGCCGAGGAAGCAACUGUUCAAUCAAAAGUGACGCACAAAGUUUAUCUUGAUAUAAGCAUUGGAAACCCUGUAGGAAAGCUUGCUGGAAGAAUUGUAAUUGGCUUGUAUGGUGAUGACGUGCCACAAACUGCAGAAAACUUCCGUGCUUUAUGCACAGGGGAGAAGGGUUUUGGCUACAAAGGUUCCUCAUUCCAUCGUGUUAUUAAGGAUUUCAUGAUCCAAGGUGGAGAUUUUGACAAAGGAAAUGGCACAGGCGGUAAAAGUAUAUACGGCCGUACAUUCAAAGAUGAAAACUUUAAGCUGGUGCACACUGGACCUGGAGUUGUUAGCAUGGCAAAUGCUGGUCCCAAUACCAAUGGGAGCCAAUUUUUCAUCUGUACUGUCAAGACACCAUGGCUAGACCAGAGACAUGUUGUGUUUGGCCAAGUCUUGGAAGGCAUGGAUGUUGUGAGGCUGAUUGAAUCUCAAGAAACAGAUAGAGGUGAUCGUCCGAGGAAGAGAGUGGUUGUUAGUGACUGUGGUGAACUUCCAGUCGCUUAG